AUGAUAAAGACGAAUAAUCUCUAAGAAUUCAUUGAGGGUCAUAAUACUCUGAAUUUAGAUAAAUUCUAAGAGUAUAUCUAGAAUCCUUAGUUUGGUAAGUUGAGUGGAGCAAUCAACUAAUAUUACCAAAAGUAUACCUUGCAAUUUAAUACAGUCUGGUUAUGUCUACAGAAUCCAGAAUAAAAAUAACUCUUGGUUGUUGACAAAAAGUUUGAUGCUGUCUUUGAUGACAAUUUUACUGAGUAUGAAUCUUUUUAUAUUAUUCUCAACUCCAUUCUCAGAAGUGCAAUCAAAGAGAUUUAAUAUUAACUCGAAUAAAAGAUUAACUUUCAAGAUACCCAAUAAUUAUUGCCAUUGGAUAUCGAAGGAGGUGUAAUACUAUUGGAUUACUUGAUAACAUACUUUUAAUUAGCAUCACUCAUUCAAGAGUGUUUCGAAGAUCACUAUGGAUUCGCUGUUGAUUCUAAAAUCGAAUAAAUUGCUGAUGGCAAACCUGUACGUCUCACCUUUGGACACUACAUCGAAAUCAGAAAUAAGAUAAAAUAACUUGAUAUUUGA